AGUAAAUAUUAAAAUUAAAAAUUUAACUGAUGGAUGAAACGUGAGCAAAGCCGAGGAGAUGGCCGGUUGUUCCCCGCGAAGGCACCGCGGUUGAAGAGCGGCGAGGGGAUAAAGCUGGUCCAGGGGAGGGACAGAGAAACCUGUGUCGCUACGUGUAUAUAUAGCUGCGGGAGAGAGGAGAGGGGAAAGAGAGGAGAAGAGGUCCGCGCAGCGCCGCUCAAGAGAGACCACGAGGCUGCCGACGGCCUUCCUCCACUCGCCGCUCUCCGCGCGCCGAAACACCGCCAUGGCUUCCACGACGCGCGCCGCCUGCCGCCGCCUGCAGCAGCUGCUGCUGAUGCUGCUUCUGGUGUCGGCCGCCAGGGCGCAGUACAAGUGCCCCGAGAAGACGGGCUACUUCCCGGACCCGGUGCAGUGCGACCUGUACUACAAGUGCUCGCAGGGCGUGCCCGAGGAGAAGCUGUGUCCCGACGGGCUGGUGUUCGACGACACCAACCCCAACGUGGGCCGCUGCGACAUCCCCGCCAACAUCGACUGCGACGACCGCACGGAGCUACAGGACCCGAAGCCGAGCGAGGGCUGCCCGCGCGCCAACGGCUACUUCCGGCACCCGGACCCGCAGUCGUGCGACAAGUUCGUGAACUGCGUGGACGGCGUGCCGCAGGAGCACCCGUGCCCGCCCAGCCUCGUGUACGACGACUCGCGCAGCACGUGCGCCUGGCCGGCCGAGAGCCACCGCAAGGACUGCGUGCAGGGCAAGAAGGACUCGCUGGAGGACGGCUUCUCGUGCCCCGACGGCGAGGUGAUCGGGCCCAACGGCCGCGCGCUGCCGCACCCCACCUUCCCGCACCCGGACGACUGCCAGAAGUUCUACAUCUGCCGCAACGGCGUGAUGCCGCAGAAGGGCAGCUGCCCGGACGGCCUCGUCUACAACGAGGAGUCCUUCAAGUGCGACGAGCCGGAGAACGUGCCCGGAUGUGAGAAAUGGUACGAGGGCGACAAAGGCAAGAGGAAGUAGAGGAGGCAUCCGCCAGCCGGGCGAAAAGUACCUGUGCCAACGACAUUCCUCAGGCGUCUCGCGGUGUGUGCAGACCCACUCCUCCUCGACUCUACAUGGCAGGACUCCAACACACUGUGCGGUGCUUGCGGGGUGUACAAGCGUGGCUCAAGAAACGUGAACACCUUCGCAGUGAUGGACGUUAACUUGUGCAGUGGCGUUCGUGUUCCCGAAGAGAGACAUUCCCCAAAAAUUGCAUGCAAUAUGUCAGUCAAUAUUUGUACCUUUACGCUACCGACCCACUAGUCCAUAUGUCAUUCCAAUUUUCCAGAACCCAUCCAAACAUAAAUGAUGUCAUCAACACAUAAUAUCAAUAAAAAUGUACAAAUCUU